CUCCCGGAAGUGGAGCCGCCCUCGCGCCCACCAGCGGUCAUCCCUGCGGCAGGCCCCGCCCCAAAGGCCCCGCCUCCCAGCUCUCCGCCCCCUCCUCUGGUAGUGGCGCCGGCUUGCUGCGGCGGUGGUGGUGGGUUUGGUGCCCAAGCGGUGAGCGCAGGGUUGUUCCCGCGAGAGGCGGCCAGGCUAUGAUCGCUGGUUGCUGGCGUCCCGCUCGGGCCAGCCAGAGUCUCCGUCUCAGCCUGUGCCUGUACCCCAGCCCAGCCCCGCGGCGCGUUUGGCGGCGGCGCUCGCGGCGCGCCCCCUCCUCCGAUGGCGGCGGAGAUCCAGCCCAAACCUCUGACCCGCAAACCGAUCCUGUUGCAGCGGGUCGAGGGGUCCCAGGAAGUGGUGAAUAUGGCCGUGAUCGUGCCCAAGGAGGAGGGCGUCAUCAGCGUCUCGGAGGACAGGACAGUUCGUGUUUGGUUAAAGAGAGACAGUGGACAGUACUGGCCAAGCAUAUACCACGCCAUGCCGUCUCCAUGUUCAUGCAUGUCAUUUAACCCGGAAACAAGAAGACUGUCCAUAGGUCUAGACAAUGGUACAAUCUCAGAGUUUAUUUUGUCAGAAGAUUAUAACAAGAUGACUCCUGUGAAGAACUAUCAAGCACAUCAGAGCAGAGUGACGAUGAUCCUGUUUGUCCUGGAGCUGGAGUGGGUGCUGAGCACAGGACAGGACAAGCAGUUUGCCUGGCACUGCUCUGAGAGUGGGCAACGCCUGGGAGGUUAUCGCACUAGCGCCGUGGCCUCGGGUCUGCAAUUUGAUGUUGAAACCCGGCAUGUGUUUAUUGGUGACCACUCAGGCCAAGUAACGAUCCUUAAACUGGAACAAGAAAACUGCACCCUGGUCACAACGUUCCGAGGACAUUCAGGUGGGGUGACCGCUCUCUGCUGGGACCCAGUGCAGAGGGUGCUGUUCUCAGGAAGCUCAGAUCACUCCGUCAUCAUGUGGGACAUCGGUGGGAGGAAAGGAACAGCCAUCGAGCUCCAAGGACACAAUGACAGAGUCCAGGCCCUCUCCUACGCACAGCACACGCGGCAGCUCAUCUCCUGUGGCGGAGACGGCGGGAUUGUCGUCUGGAACAUGGAUGUGGAGAGGCAGGAGACCCCUGAAUGGUUGGACAGUGAUUCCUGCCAAAAGUGUGAUCAGCCUUUCUUCUGGAACUUCAAGCAAAUGUGGGAUAGUAAGAAAAUUGGCCUCAGACAGCACCACUGCCGCAAGUGCGGAAAGGCCGUGUGCGGGAAGUGCAGCUCCAAGCGCUCCUCCAUCCCGCUGAUGGGCUUCGAGUUCGAAGUGAGGGUCUGUGACAGCUGCCACGAGGCCAUCACAGAUGAAGAACGGGCACCCACAGCAACGUUCCAUGACAGUAAACACAACAUUGUGCACGUGCAUUUUGAUGCCACCAGGGGAUGGUUACUAACCUCGGGAACUGACAAGGUUAUUAAGUUGUGGGAUAUGACCCCAGUAGUGUCAUGAUAACCCUCCUAGGACUCAGAAAGAUAGCAGUGUACUAAAAAUACCGUUAUUCAGCAUGCCUGGAGAGGGAAGACAGGCCAGUAAGAAGUCAGAGCGAAACUAACUCCCGACAGCAGCCGCCUGUGAGCGAGCACUUGCAACGGAACUCGGCCAGCCUGCUCGGACACGAUCAGAGAAGAUAUUUUUUUUGACAAAUGGUUUAUACAUUCUGGCUGUGCUAUAUUGUUUUGAGUGCAUUGAAAAAAUCUGUGUGGGGUGUUUAGUUUUUAUAUUUUUCCCCACUCCUUUGCUCGUUGCUUCGUGUAUCAGAGAAGUGAGGGCAGGGUCUGUGCAGGGUGUCCUGGUCAUGAUAAAGUGGUUUCCGUGUUGUCUUCAGGUCAGAGUGUGUCAUGCGGCCAGCAUCUUGUUGUUCUCUUCUCUCCGCAUCUACCUUCUCUGCUUUUUCCCAGAGUAUGUACAUGUUUACGUUAUUUAUUCCCAGUCUUUCUGUUUUCAUGUUCUCUUCAGUGGAGAGAUUUGUGUGGAUUCACCAACUGACUUCUUAAGUUACCCGAAGAAUGUCCCAUUUGUAAUGUCAGGCUCUAAGAAAUGACCUUGCAUUUCUACCUCAGUUUUCUCUGGCUUUUCUGCAUUAAAAACAUGCCAUGAGGAAGCUGCUCCCAGCCACCUUCAUCACAAAAUUAGAGAAACUCAGAAUUUCGACCGUCAGUGCCUGCAUCAUUUAGAAUUCAGCUGGAGCCUCCUGAGCCUUUUAUGUUUAGUUGUUUUGACACAGCUCUCCCUCCCCCAUAACAUAAAAAACAACAUGCACAAAACCCUACGUGCUUCUAAGAUAAGUGUCGGAGAUGUGGGUUUCUGUGUGACAUCACAUCUAAACUUGAACAUGCAAGAUUGUAAUCUUGCUGUAUUCCUCACCCGUAUUUUCUAUCCCUUUAAAAUCUAGAUAUUUAAAUAUUUUUAUCUUAGUGCAUUUUGUCAGAAUAUUUUGCAUACUUUCAUACUGAAACUAUAUGUGGUCUGAGACAGGAAGGUGCUGAGCUCCGCAGCCCUGCUGUGUCCUGUUGGGAACGUAAAUGAGCACUUCAGAAAAUGAACCUCAAGAGUCCUUAUUUCUAAGAGAAUCCGACCAAAGUGAACAAAAUGGAAUAUUCUUGUGUGUGUAUCACUGAGUAAGUAGUAAUUCAACUCAGGACAUUGAAGUCCUUUUUAAAAAUCUUAUUUUCACCUACAAAAAUAGGCUCAAAAUCAGCGGCAGUGGCAAGCUUGUACCCGGUGCUCACCUCAUCCAAAGCACUUUACAUGGACCACCUCAUUCCAGCCUCACCUGUCAGGAGCACCCAAGGGUCCCCAGUCUCUGAGGGUCCCAGGUUGAAUAAAGCCCUGUGGAUAAACAGGCCGAUUGUUUGCCCUUCCCAGUCCAACCGCUACCUCUACAGUCUUGUUCACCUGUGACGUCCUGGGGUUGUGAUGGGAAUAUUUGGGUGCAGUUGGAAUCAUCCCUGUUAGGGUUCCUCUUUUCCUGGAAGUCAGUCUUAUUCCCUCGUGGUGACUCCAUUGCUUUUCUAACUGGGGAAGUAUGACAAGCCACCCUUGGAUACCACUCCCAGCACUGACUGUGCUGCUUCUUGGGGCUGGUUCUGCGGCCCCAGAGUGAGAGGGCAAGGCCGGUGUGUGCUGCAUCCCACGCAGCCCACGGUACAUGGCAGCCAUCACCUGAGACAUGAGAGCAGAUCGGCCCCUGUGCCCAGAACUCUAAGGAUGCGUGUGUGCUCAUGCGCUCUCACAGAAGCCGUUACCACUGUCCCUUCACUGCCUUUGUCUACACCACCCUGGCUUGCUGUCACCCAAAACUGUUACAACUAAUUUGAGUCUUUUCUUUGAUUGCUCUGUGAGAGAGAUUGAAGAAAGGAAUUACAUUUAAAAUAUCCAGGUAUCUGUUUUGUAGUCUAUUCCUAGAACCUGCAGCCACUUGCUGACUUGUGCAUAACAGAGGACUGGGUUGUAAAUGAGUAGUGACAUAAACCUGUCUGUGUGCCCUCCCUGGAGCCCAGAGCCUUGGCCUGGACACACAGAGGAGCCACAAUGGGAGCACCGGCAGUGGCCCUCGAGUGGGUGCCAAGUUGCAGUGAGAUGAAUUCAGAUGUCACUUGGGAAACUGACUAUCCCUAUUGGCCUACUUGUGCCCCCUAUAGUCACACCGGCCACUCUCACCAUCUCCCUCCCAGUACUGCUAUAGCCAAGCCACAGAGCCCUUCACAGGUGAGACCACUUGCCACCGUAUGGUGAUUUGAAUGGUCAUGGGAAACCACAGCCAUGCCGGCCUGUUCACUGCUCUGCCCAUUCCUCUCUCCUGAUCUGUGUGGGUGUUUGAAUUUGGUGAGAAGAGUUUAGCAAACCAAGUGUAACAUGUGUUUGUAAAACUGAAUUCUGGAAUUUUGCAUUAAGUGUCUCCACCUUUUUGAGAAAUAAUGUGCCAGUGUUGGGCAUCUUCCAAGCCUUUUGUGGGAUGGAGCCUCCCCUCCUUGGGAGCAGAGGCUGGCCCCAGUGCUUGCUUCCCCCGGCCAGGUGAGCUGGCUAGCCCUUGCGUCCUGCUGCGUUUGCACUUUGCCUGUACUUUGGCUUUACCACUGCAACAUGCAGUGGCCCUGGCAAACGAGGCCUCACACGGCUGUGUAGGGAUGGCAGCAGACUGCACGUGCCUGGGUUACUCUACAUCUGGGGAGAGAGAGCCAGCCAUGUGCACUUGGGU